AGGAAGGACGGAUCAGAUGCGAAAAGGGUGGAGCGAGGUGGGAGCCGGCUGGGGGCUGAGUUUGGGUCUGGGGUCCACCCGCCCUCCCGCUCAGCGUCUCCCCGGGCCUUUGUUUCCCCAUCCGAAGGGCGGGGGCCGGCAGAGGAGCUGCAAUUGGGCUGCCUAACAGCGUCUCCUGUCAGAAGGGUCCAUCCGAGCCCUUCGGGGGCUUGGCAGGACUUGGCAGAGCCCUGCUGUUUGGGUCAGUCUUGGUCGGGAAGAGAAAGCAUUGAACUAUGCCGUCAGAGAUGACCUUGCAGGACAGGCCCAACAUGGCCGCAUCACAGGCCGAGCUGGAUCACAGAUCGGAGAAGAAAUCGGGGAAGAAGAAGGUCUGCCCAGAGGCCAAAAAGACUCCGUAUCGUCUCCGGGGUUCGAGCAGCAGAGAACCUGAGGUGCAGAAAAUCCCGAUCAAGGACCUGCCCGGUUCCGAUGUCCGGCGAGAACACUUCCGGCAGUUCGCCUAUCAGGAUGCGAAGGGUCCCCGAGAGGUUUGCAGCCAACUGCACGAUCUUUGCCAUCAGUGGCUGAAGCCGGAGAUGCACUCCAAGGCUGAGAUGCUGGACCUGGUGAUCCUCGAGCAGUUCCUGGCCGUCCUGCCCCCGGAGAUGAAGAACUGGGUGCGGGAAUGUAAGGCGGAGACCUGCUCCCAGGCGGUGGCCUUGGCCGAAGGCUUCCUGCUGAGCCAGGCGGAGGAGAAAAGGCAGCAGGACCGAGUUGUGGCAGAACCUACCAACUUUCCCAGGGUAGGAAAAAAAAUACAAGGGCCUCAUCCUAAGCCACCUGUAAGGCGGAUCAAGCAAGAAGUGGACAAGAUCGCCAUUCCAUUAGGGAAUGAACCACAGCUGGCCACUGGAUGUAACCUACCUUCUGCACAGCUGGAUCAGGUGAUGCUUGAGGAAGUCUCUGUGACUUUCAGUGAGGAGGAGUGGGCGCUGCUGGAUCCGGACCAAAGAGCUCUACAUAGGGAUGUGAUGGCAGAGAACAGUGGCAUUGCCUCCUCUUUGGGAAAUGACUGGCCAGAGAGUGAAAAUGGAGAAAUCUAUGAGAUAUUGUUUGGAAAAAUUGGAAGCGAGGAGGAUGACAAGCAGAGACCAAACACCGAAGCCAGCAGAGUGAAGGAUGAAUCUCCGGGUUCUUACAACACCGAAUUCUACGAGCUUCCGGUCCGCGAAAAAAUAGAAGACGGGAUUGAAUGGAGCCAAUGCCUUCUGUGCGGCAAAGCCUUCGACUGCCAGUCGAGCCUGAUCGCUCACUGGGAGAGCCACACCACCAAGAAACCCUACAAAUGCCUGGAGUGCGGGAAGAGCUUCAGCACCAGGCAGUACCUGGGCUGUCACCGGCGAGUUCACACCGGAGAGAAGCCCUUCAAGUGCGCCAAAUGCGGGAAGAGCUUCAGCACCAGGCAAUACCUUUCCUGUCACCAGAGAAUCCACACCGGGGAGAAGCCCUUUAAGUGUCUGGAGUGCGGGGAGACCUUCUGCUGGGCCAAUUCCCUGACCUUGCACCAGAUCGUCCACACGGGGGAGAAGCCAUUCAAGUGCCUGGUGUGCGGGAAAACUUUCAGCAGGAGCACCAGCCUUUCCUCCCAUCAGAGGAUCCACACGGGGGAGAAGCCAUAUAAAUGCUUAGAGUGCGGCAAGAGGUUCAUCCACAACACCAGCCUCACUUACCACCGGCAACACCACACCGGCGUGAAGCCCUACAAGUGUCCCGAGUGCGGCAAGAGGUUCAGUCACAGGACAAGCCUGACCUACCACCAGCGCAGUCACACCGGUGUGAAACCGCACGCCUGCUUGGAGUGCGGGAAGAACUUCAGUACCCGACAGUAUCUCAUGUCCCACCAGAGGAUCCACACGGGAGAGAAACCGUACAAAUGCACCGAGUGCGGGAAGCGCUUCGUCCACAGCACCAGCCUCAGCUACCACCAACGCCUUCAUCGCGGGGAGGAGCCCUUUCAGUGUUUGGACUGCGGGAAAAGUUUCAUUACGCGCCAGUGCCUGACUUCGCAUCGCCGAAUCCACACGGGGGAGGAACCCUUCAAAUGCCUGGAGUGCGGGAAGACUUUCCGGAGACGAACGAGCCUUAUUUCCCACCAGACUAUCCACAUGGGAGAGAAGCCGUACAAAUGCCUGGAGUGCGGGAAGAGCUUCACGACGAGCAAGUACAUCCUUUCCCAUCAGAGGAUCCACACCGGAGAGAAACCUUACAAAUGUUUGGAGUGCGGACAGACCUUCUGUUGGGCUAACUCCCUCACCUUGCACCAGAUAACGCACACGGGAGAGAAACCCUUUAAAUGCAUGGAGUGCGGGAAGAGUUUCAGCCGAGGCACCAGCCUUACCUCACAUCAGCGGAUCCACACCGGCGAGAAGCCGUUCAAAUGUUUAGUGUGUGGAAAGAACUUCAGCACUAACAGGUACCUGACCUGCCAUCAGCGGAUCCAUAUUGUGGAUAAAGCUUAUAAAUGCCUGGUGUGCGGGAAGAGCUUCACGACGAGCAAGUACAUCCUUUCCCAUCAGAGGAUCCACACCGGAGAGAAACCUUACAAAUGUUUGGAGUGCGGACAGACCUUCUGUUGGGCUAACUCCCUCACCUUGCACCAGAUAACGCACACGGGAGAGAAACCCUUUAAAUGCAUGGAGUGCGGGAAGAGUUUCAGCCGAGGCACCAGCCUUACCUCACAUCAGCGGAUCCACACCGGCGAGAAGCCGUUCAAAUGUUUAGUGUGUGGAAAGAACUUCAGCACUAACAGGUACCUGACCUGCCAUCAGCGGAUCCAUAUUGUGGAUAAAGCUUAUAAAUGCCUGGUGUGCGGGAAGAGCUUUAGCACCAGCAAAUACCUCAGCUGCCAUCAAAGAAUUCACACCGGAGAGAAGCCAUUUAAAUGCCUGGAAUGUGGAAAGAGCUUUUGUUGGGCGUAUUCCCUGACUUUGCAUCAAAGAAUCCACGCAGGAUGAAGAUGGAUUUAAAUGCUAGGAGUAUGAAAAUUACUCUGGUUUUGGAUUAUUUUUUUAUUUUUAUUUUUGUGGGGGCAGAAGGAUGAAGGAGCCCUUAAUCAUAGAAAGAUUUCGGAGAAAAACUAUAGAAAUCGUUGUGGAAAGAGAUUUGUGUAGAACAUGGACGCCGUUUCUUUGCAUUAGAUAUGAAUAUAUAUGUGUCUGUCUGUGCAUUUUUUUUUAUUUUUGGUGUGUUGGCCCAUUGUGGUUGUCCAGUGUUUCCAAUGGCUUCUUUUGCCAGCCCCGCUUUCAAGGACUGGGAAGUGAAUUUGAAUCUUCAGCUCGCGCCACAUCUAAGUGAUCGCCGGACCCUAAUUUGAAUUCUUGGAAGGAGAAGGAAAGAGCGUUAAUUCUGUGCAGUGAUCUUGCUUCUCAGUGAGGACCGGAGAUGUGAGAGGAUCUAUAGAAAUGCCUGGAGUUUUGCAGAGGUCUUUCAGUUGGAGAUAACGAUUCAAGGAUCCCCUAUCGUAGGUUUGCUAGGAAUAUGCUAGGAAUUUAGGAGGAGUGGUGUAGUGGCCUAGAGGUAGAGCCCUCGCCUCACAAUCAAUCAGGAGGCUGUGAGUUCAAUCCUAGUAGAGACAGAUAUUUUUGUUCCUGGGCACACUGAGAAUAUAUCUGCUGAACAAAACUCCGCAUUGGCGACCAGGGAGGGCAUCCGGCCAUUAAACACUCUGCUAGCUCCAUUCAGUUUCCCAGACUACCUUGCAAGGGAUUAUGGGGUCGUUAAAAGAUGAUGAUGCCAGAAAUUUAGGAUUGCUCAUCAAUAGUAUAUCAAGAUCCCUUGUGGGUUCCUACGAAACUGAACUUCUAAAGCUCUAUGAUUUAAGGAUAUCUCAUCAUAAUCAAAGUUGUCUGACCUAUUUCUGUAAGACAGGGAUGGCAGGUAUCUUCUGAUCCUUUGGCCACCAAGUCUCCCUCAGCCUACUAGCCGAAAUGCUUGACUCUCCAAUUUUGAGAGUCCUUAGUAACGUACGGCUUCUCAGUACUCUACAGCUCUCUCUAAGCCGUGUACAGACUCAGCAUAUUGCCCCAAUAAUCUAGAUCCUCAUUUUACCGACCUUGGAAGGAUGGAAGGCUGAGUCCACCUUCAGCUGGUGAGAAUCGAACUGCUGGCAGCUGGCAGAAGUAACCUGCAGUACUGCAUUCCGACCACUGCGCCAUCACGGCUCAGUACCGCCGAGUCUUCCAGACACAGAAUUUCAAGAAGAAAACAUGGCUUCCAGCAAGCAGAAUCAGCGUGCAAGAUUCCUGUUUACUUUCUUUUCUGUAGCAAAUGCAACAACAUUCAAGAUUGCUGGAGUGGAGGGGGAUAAUUUUGUGGGUGUUCCCAAUUGGUUUACUCUCUUCUUUUUUUUUAAUUAGGGCUAUAUCCCGCCUUUGAUCCUGGAGCCUCCCUGAUGGGAUGUUGCUUCAGCAAAAUUCGGCAAGGUAACCAGCUCCAAAUCAACCAGAAGAUUUCCACGAUGGAAGGUGGAUUUGAACUCGGAUCUUUCCCUCCUGGUCUUAUCCUAAACGUUGCUUCUAAUUGUCAUAGGAAUCCACAAAGUGGAGGAGGAAGUGGGGGGGAGGGGAAACAACUGUAGCCACGUCCUAGUGUAAACCUCAACCCUGACAUACUUGUUUAUGGCGUCAGCAUGCGGGUACCCAAGAAACAGGCCUUUGGGUAUGAUGUCGUAACUCGACAUCAGCUGCAGGUUUCUGUGCUGGAAGGUAGAUUUGAACUCGGGUCUCUCCUGCGUAGUCUGAUCCCAGAAUUGCCAGGAAGUCAUUCUUUGGAAGUGUGAUGGCACAUCCUCCGACUGAUGUUUGGCAACAGGGGCCCACAAUGCAUCGCAACCAUUCCAGAAUAUGACUGCUGGACCCUGAAAGAUUGGCCGUCCCUGAUUUAGUCUCUCUGGACCUAGUUCUUCUCGUUCACCUCCUCUUCCUCCAGACUGACUUUGGACACAUUUUGAGGGACAACCGUCCCCAAACCCAAUGACUCGAGCAGGCCGAAUGGAUCAUCCUUUCUGGGGUUUCUCCCACUUGUGUCUCCCACCCGUCAUUCUAGGCCUGUGAUGGCGAACCUAUUUGGCACGCGUAGCCAUAUCAGUGGGCACGUGAGCUCAGCUCCAGCUGGUUUUCGGGCCUUCUGGGCUCACCAGAAGUAGGGAAACAGGCUGUUUCCUGCCUCCAGAGGGCCUUGGGGAGGGGGGGGGAAGGCCCAUUUUUCUCUCACACCUGGCUCCAGAGCCUCUCUAGGAGUCGGGGGGGUGAAAACGGCCUUCCCCACCCCCCCGGAGGUCCUCCAGGGGCCGAAAACGGCCCAUUUGCCAACUCCCGAUGAGACCAGAAGGCCCGUUUUUUGCUGUCCCCAGCCUCCAGGGCCUCUCUAGGAGUCGGGGGAGGGAAAACGGCCUUCCCCACCCCCACCCCCCGGAGGUCCUCCGGAGGUUGAAAACGGCGCAUUUGCCAACUUCCAGUGGGACCAGAAGGCCCGUUUUUUGCUGUCCCCAGCCUCCAGGGCCUCUCUAGGAGUCUGGGGAGGGUGAUAACUGCCUCACCCACCCACCCACCCCGCAGAGGUCCUCCGGAGGCCAAAAAAGGCCCAUUU